GAUGAAGUAGAGAAUGGGGGAUAGGGAAAAGUGACUGAGGGAGGAUGAUGAAGAGGUUGAAGUUGAUUACUCCCAUUCUCCUGCUCGUGUCGACGGCGAGCGCCAUCUGCGUGUAAAAUAUUACAGGAUUGAAGGGGGAUCGAGCUCGAGGAAGAAGAGAAUUUAAAUGCAAAAUGUCGAUAAGUUUUGUAAAACACCGAGAUGCUUUGAUGCAGGCAUACAAAGAUGUCUGUGACGACAAAAAACCGACAGACUGGGUUGUUUUUGGCUAUGAAGGAAAAUCAUACGACUUGAAGGUAGUCGACACAGGAGAGGAUGGCAUUGAGGAAAUGGCGGAUUCCUUCAACUGCGCCAAAAUACAGUAUGCCUUCCUCAGGGUGAUAGACACUAACAGCAAUCUACCUAAGAAUGUACUUAUCAAUUGGAUUGGUGAUGGAGCUCCUGUAUCAAAGAAGGGAACAUGUGCAAGACAUCAUCAGGAUGUUGCUAAUUUAUUCAGAGGAGCCCAUGUGACUGUAAAUGCUCGCUCAGAGGAUGAUAUCGAUGAGGAGAGCAUCUUAAAGCUAGUAGCCAAGUCUUCCGGUUCCAACUAUGGCUUCCAUAAGGAGAAAGCAACUGAAGAUGCAGGUCAGACGGGGCCAGUGGGAUCAGUUUACAAGAAAACCAACGCAGCUUUCGAGAUCAAGUCAAAGAGGAGUGAUAAAUUCUGGCAAAAUAUGGAGAGUGAUGAGCAGGCCCGUGUGAGGGAAGAAACAGCUAAAAAACAACAAGAACGUGAAAAAUCAGAAAAGGAGAGAGUGGAGAGAGAAAAGAGAGAAGCCGCUGAACGUGAGAAGAAGAUGGCAGAAAAGAUGAAAGACAUUGACAGUAGAAAGAGACAAGAACAGAAAUCCCAUGAAGAUUCUGUAAAGGCAGAGCAAGCAAGAUGGGAAAGUAGGCAGCAAAGCAAUGCAGCUCCUACCCGAAGCACAGGGCAAGCAGACGAGAGGAAAAAAGAAAUGGCACAGAUGAUAUCACAGAGAAAGAAGAGUUCCUCAGAAGCCGUCACAGAAAGUCAGGAAGCCCCACCUCCAGUUUCACGGCCUCCUGCUGCCAGACCUCCCAUGCCUGUCCCCACACGCGAACCGGAGCUUGAACCAGCACCUGAGCCAGCAUACCAACCGGAACCAGAACCGGAGCCAGCAUACCAACCAGAGCCGGAACCCGAACCGGAGCCAGCAUACCAACCAGAGCCGGAACCCGAGCCAGAACCAGAACCUGCAUACCAGCCAGAUCCAGAACCCUAUUCAGAUCCCUACCAAGACCAGGCUCAGACUGAUCAGGACCAGUACCAACAGGAACCAUACUCAGAUCCAUACCAGGACCAACCUCCAGCCCAGGACCCAUACCCUGAAGAACCUGAACAAGAAUUAUAUGAAAAUCAAGAAGCAUUGCAGGACCAAGGGGACCAAGGGGACCAAGGGAUGAGAGCGAGGGCGCUCUACGACUACCAGGCGGAGGAUGACACAGAAAUCACCUUUGACCCCGAUGACAUCAUCACACAGAUCGAGCAGAUCGACGAUGGAUGGUGGAGAGGAAUGGCACCCAGUGGUCAUAGUGGUCUAUUCCCAGCCAACUAUGUGGAACUAAUCUGAGGAUAAUCCCGAAGAUGAUCCUGGACAACCAUGGGUCUGGUCUCACAAAGAUUUUCAAUGGAUGCUAUCGAUCACAACUAUGGAUAGCCACCGACAGGGGCCCUUAAACACAAAGCUUAGCAAUGAUCGUAUAACAGUUUUCUACAAUUGAUUGCAUUGCCUGCAAUGUACAAUCAAUCGUGAAAAUCAAGCGUACAAUUGAUCGCUAACCUUUUUGUUACGGGACCCAGGCCUUAAAUUUGAACAUUUUCAAGGCAGAGCCACUUUUCCACAGUGCACAUGUCAAUGUGACAUCAAAAAUGGAGAAAAAAAAAUACACAAAUAUAUUCAAGGUCAAUGAGAAGGUCACAAUGGUGAGUCAACAGGGCAUCCACGACCAUGGAUUAAUUUAAAGCCAUGCACCAAUGCAUCACACUCAACUAAUUAACAUGCUUGGUUUUGUAUGGAAAGAGAUGGUAUAUGUAUGUCUUGUAAAUGGAGCAGUGCAACUUCAAUAGCUGGCUAUACCAUAGCUGCGAUUGUUUUUAUCAUGCUCGGUUCUUUGUGAGAGGGGACCCUGGUGUUAUCCUGUGUGCCUCUACACAGUGUACAUAAUUAUUAGUACAGUCUGAUGGCAUUGAACUAUGAUGGGAUCCAAAAAUGUUUGAUUUUAUGGCUUCCCUUUUAUAUCAUUUUGUAUAGAAUUUUAUAUGAAUCAGAAAUAUUGUCAUUCGAGCAGUCAACUUCAGUGUUGCAAGUGUGGAUGUCUCAAUGUCAUCGCUCCUUUUCUUCAAAAGGUUUGUAUUUAGAUAUUGCGUUUGUGUGUACAUGUAUGUGUAAACAUUUAUCUAUUGUAUACUUGUAUGUACUUUUAUGUACGCAGACGAACCCAUAUCCUUUUAUCGGCAUAUCCAAUUAAUUGAAUGAAGCUUAAUGAAUUUGUGGGAUAUGGAAGAUUAAGCCUCGUACAUCAAGAAAAGAAAACAUAUCAAGUUUUUCCCAUCCCAACUCGAUGUCAAGUAACUUUCUUUAAAAUUCAGCACUUGUUAGAGGAAAGUAGACCAUGUUUGGUUCAUUAAAAAAAAGAUCAGUAUAAAUGUAGGUUAAUGAUGUUACUAAUUGAAAUCUCGAUGUUUACAAAAUGGGGCCAAAGUAACAUUUUUGUACACUUUAUUAUCAUCGUUGAUAGAAGCAUAUCUUAUUUAGAUAUUUUUAUAGAAAGCAAAACUUGUAUAAGUAUCCAUCUAGCUACAGAAUAGCUUAUGUUAGGAUAUGCAGGUUGUAUAUGAAUAGCAACUCCAGUAUUUAUGUCUAUAUAUCAAUAAUUCAAUCAUUUUACAAUCAGUAGCCAGAGUAAUUAUUACUUUCUGGUUAUGCAGAGAACCUCAAGGGCUCUGUCUUACAAAGAGUUGCGAUUGAUCCAACCAAUCGCAACCAUGGACGGCCAGCAAUGUCAACAUGUAUUACGCACGUUUGUUCAAAAUAUUUUCUAGCUAUGAUGUAUAUUCAUGCAUUGUUUUCUUAGAAGAAUCACUGUGCUUACAAAGGACAUUGUGCAAAUUUCCUGUGGAAAAAUUUAUGAUACUGAUUGAUUUCAAUAGAGAUUGGAUCAAUCGUAACUCUUUGAAAGACGGGCCCCAGAUCUAAAUUUUCUUAGCAUUAGCUUGCAAUUUUCGCCUUCUAUUUCAGAGAAAAAAUAUUAAUUUAGAAUAUCUUGAAAGCAAAAAAAAAAUCGUGCAUUUUUCCAAGUUUUGAAAACAUACUAAAUCACCAAACUGAAAUGCCUUCAUUACUAUUAUUUUGUAAAUUGUGAAUUGGAACUAGCAAAAUCAUUCACCAUUUAUGAUUUUAUACCGGUACAUCAAAAUGUAGCUAAUACUAGCUGAAAUAGCAUCGAUAUGGCAAAUGUGGUGUGUACUCUUUGUCUAAUAUUUGAUUGGGUGGGGUAAGAAGAUAAUAGAUUGAUAUGAGGCUAUUACUCAGUCAUUAAAGUAAUAAUAUCUGUAAAAUGUACUGUAAAAGAAUAUUCAUUAAUAUAAUAAUGAUAAUCAUGAUUACAUUUCACUAAUAAUGCACCUUUUUAUGAGAUGAAAAGUAUAGAAGUUUUAGCUCAUGUAGUUUCGAAGUGCAUUAAUUUAUUAUUCGAUGAUGAGUUUUUAUAAAAUAAUUAUAAUUAUUGAUCAUGAAAACCAAAGCUAUUUGUUGCUUUGAUACAUAGUUGUAUCAAAAUAGGGAGCUAAAGUAGUGAAUGUAAUCAAAAUGUUAUGUUAAGUAUUAUAAAGUACUGUUUUUGGUUCAUUCUUUACAAGCAUGUUUGUUAUUAUCUUCCAUUAUAAGGCAGGUUUUAGAAUUAAAAUAAUUGAGUGGUCAAUUGAUUUAUGGACGUCACGUGGGGCGUACAGUUAAUCAUCCCAUACUGGAAAUAUCUCCCAGUCAAAAUUGAGAAUGUAUCACCAAUAUCUAAGAGAAUCGCCAGCCAACAUAUCACUUUCACAAUAAUCUGUGGCCUCCACAUUAGUCUAAAUUAGUGCAUUUAUUGUAUGUCUCUGUCUAAAUUUUGAUAUAUGAAGCUAGCUGUUAAUUUGUACUGCUUUUUGUCAUCACAAAUUAUUAUUCUACAAAUAUAUGUGGUUACAUGUAUGUCCCAAUUGGUAUUAAUGACCUCUGUUUAGCCUAGGUCUGAUGGUAGUUAUGCCCACCGUUUGUAGAUCAAUAAAACCCACUAUAAGGGUGACUUAAUUUCUCAUGAAAUUUCUCACUUACAUUUUUUACUUCCUUACAUUUUAGAUCUAAUUGUCUAACACUACAACUGUCUACAUCUACAGAGAAUCACAUUUUAAUGAAGUCCUAGUAACAUUAGAUCUGAAGGCCCUGCUUUGAACAAUUAAUAAACAGAUUUGUUUGCAUGCUUGGGCAGUUCCUGUGCAUUCAUUUUUAGGUCAAUAGCGAUAGUGCACUUGCCCUGCAUUUUUUAUGCAUUAUUACUCUCGCUGACCAAAAUAUAUGUCCUGGCCCUCCGCUAGCACACUUGCAAAAAGUAUAAAUUAGUUCAAUGUUUGACGUCUUUGUCUAAAGUUUAAUAUCUGUAGCUGUCUGUUAAUUUGUACUGCUUUUGGUCAUCACAAAUUAUUAUUCAGAUGAAAUUUAUAAUUCCUGCAAUCAUGCAAUGUUGAUCUUUCAUUUUCUGUCAUUCACUUGUGUUCAUUUAUGUUAAAGUACAGUAUACUAAACACUUUCACAGUGAAAAAAAAUAAAUAUAUUUUAUAAAGCACUGCAAGCGA